GGCGCGCACCGGAAGCAUCGUAAGGCGUGGGUUGCCAUUGUUCAAGACGUUUCCCGGAGCCACGCGGUGAGGUAAACUAGAUCUAACGAGUUGUUUUGAUUACUUAAACACGAUAAACAUGGGAGACCGUGAAAACGAACAAUUUAGAAAACUGUUUAUCGGUGGGUUGAGCUAUGAAACAACAGAAGAUAGCCUUAAAGCCCAUUUUGGACAAUGGGGAAAUAUAAUGGACUGCGUGGUAAUGAAAGACGCCACUACCAAACGAUCAAGAGGAUUUGGAUUCAUCACGUAUUCAAGUCCAGAUGAACUAAAUUUAGCACAAGAGAAUCGUCCCCAUCGAAUUGACGGCAGGCAAGUAGAAUCUAAACGUGCUAUGCCAAGAAAUAAGGAUGGCGGUGAAGGAGAAUCGUCGCAAUCGUGUAAGAAAAUGUUUGUUGGUGGUCUCCCCGACGAUGCAACUGACGAAGAGGUUCGUGCAGUAUUCUGUGAGUUCGGAGAAAUUGAAAAAGUUGAUUUGAUCAAGGAUAAGAUCACUGGCAAAAACAAAAGGUUCUGCUUUGUAACAUUCUUUGAUUAUGACCCUGUUGAUCAGUGCGUGUUGAAAAAGAGACAUGAUGUAAAUGGUAGAACAGUAGAGGUUAAGAAAGCUGUACCCAAGGAUCAAGAGGGUGGAAUGGGAGGACGCGGUGGCGGUCGUGGUGGAAUGGGAGGCCGCGGUGGUGGUCGUGGUGGAACGGGAGGACGCGGUGGUGGUCGUAAUGACUGGGACCAAGGCAGUGGCUUUAACCAGCAGAGUGGAUACAAUGACUUUAACCAAGGAGGUUAUAGUGGAGGCGGAGGUGAUUACAAUCAAAGUUGGAACCAAGGUGGUGGUUAUGACAACUACAAUAGUGGUUACAAUCAAAGCCAGAACAGUGGGGGAAAUUGGGGUGGAAACCAGCAGCAAAGUUUUGGACAGAAUUAUGGUGAUGGUUAUGGGGGUGGAGCAAUGAGGGGCGGCGGUGGUGGUGGUGGUGGUAGUGGUGGAAACUACCAGCAGCGAUCAGGCCCCUAUAACCAGAAUCAAGGAAAUUACAAUCGAGGAGGAGGAGGAGGUGGCGGUUACAACAGGCGUUAAGAUCUCCAGCACUCAAAACAGACUUUAACAUAACAUUUGAUCAAUAUCAUAAAUAAGGAAGAAAUAACAAUUUAUUGCAAUCAAGAUCUGUAUAAAUUAGGUAAAAUAAUAAAUACAGAAACAGAAUCUAACAUUUUAUGACAUUGUUUUAAUAUGUUUGUGUCGCCAUACAUUUUGAAAUGAUGUAUUUCACUUUUUACUCGUGUAAAUAUUGUUAAACUUGUACAUUGUCAUUCCGUUGUCGUUUUAAGUAUCUUGCUGGUCACGAGUAGCCAUUUUCAUGCAUCAUCCACUAAUACUAUUUAUAGUUAUUCUGUUGGAUAGACUUGUUAUAGGAUGAAUUCAGUUUGGAACCUUCAUAAAAAGUUGGACCUAAAAAUAUAUUCUGCAUUCACCUUCAAAAAGAUUGGGUUGAUGACUAGUGGAGAGGAAUAUUCAAUUACUUGGUUAUAUAAAACGGAAAUCUUUUUGACAGUGCAUGUAUAAAAUUGGCUUAAUACUUGUAUUGGCUAUCAGUAAAGGUAAUGUACUCUAUAUGGGGGACCAGAAUAAUGCAAUAUUGUCGCAGAUAGGUUGGAAACUGGUAUUUUUAACAAAAUGCUAAUUGCAGUGGUUGAAUACACUGUACCUGUACUUGAACAGUUAAAACAAUUUUGAAAUGAAUCGUGUGAAUUGGUAUUUUAAUUUGAACCAGGACAUGUACACCUCAAAUAUAGGAAUCUCCUAAUGUUUGACAGAAACUUUGGGAAUAUUGAAUUUCCAAAACCAUAUUCAUGUAUUUUUGUAAGACUUUUGAUACCUUGAUCUUUCACCAAGUCAUCCACAUGUUUUUUAUUUCAUUGUAAUCCUGUAGUCAUUGAUCUUCACAAUUUUGUACAGUGCAUUUGUUUUAAAGGGUGUGAAUUAAUUGACUGACAAGUAAUAUAGUGUAGCCUGCCACCACACCUUCAGUUCUAAACUUUGUUUCAAGGAUAAACAUUGGCCAUUCACUGUUUUGGUAAUUAUAUAAUGACAUUUAAAUUAAAGUAAAGUCCUGCUGUCUUUAAACUUUGUUUAGACAAUAUUAAGUACAUAGAUUACUCAAAGAUUAGAUCAAAUUUUAAACCAAUGAUAUUUUUUUCUGCAAUAGAAUUUUUUGAUAAACAUCGCAUUCAUUACACCUUUGAUGUUGUAACAGCUACAUGUAUGUUUUACGAGAGGCCUUUCUUUUUGGGGUUACUAAUCAAAGAAAAUUUCACAUACUAAUUUUAAAGGAUGUCAAUUUUUUUUUGAUUUGAUGACAACUGGCAAUUUAGGAAUACUAGAACAUUCUAUGUUUCUCAAUCAUAAUGAACAUGAUAUUGUGCAUUCUUUGAAUAAAUUAACCUUGUCAUUAGAUAUAAA